AUGCGCGCACAUUAUAUUGCUCAGUAUCUUGCUGCACAGUCUGACAGGACAUAUAGACAGCUUCUACUGGAAACUUGGAGGGAUAUGUACCCGACCAGACCAGCCAACGUCCAGCUGCUCUCCAAUCGUGUGAGAUGGAUUCUUGCUAACCAGAAGCUGUCUCAGGCCGAACUUGAUAGAAUCGAGAAUACUUGCUUUCCGACUAUUCAGCUCACUGUUGAACAGCCAGUCGAGGCUCGUAGGUCGUCGGUACGGGUGAGAAGGAGUGGUCUUUUUGAGAACAGGGGGCAGAAUGAUGAGGUGGAGAGAGCGUUUCUACGUAAUCUGAUGAGCUACUCGGGAAUGACGCCAGAAUGUAGACCAAGAAUACCUAAGCUCGAUUACUCGAAAGCGGUCCUUGAAAGUCUUCAAUCGCUGAACACAACUCUCCCGAAACAUCUGAAUAAUGUGAAAACAUUGGAGCAGGUGGUAAGCGUAGUAUAUGCCGGAGCCGCCACUAUAUGCGAGAUGAAUGGACAAAAGCUCCAACAACGUAAUGCCCAUCAUCAUACGAUGGAGUCCUCAAUCCCCCCUUGGAAAGCCCGGCUGCAAAGGGAGAUAACAAAGUUAAGGAAAAAAAUUUGUAUUAUCCAUACUUACCUGAGCAACCCCGCACCGUCAACUAGAGUGGUCAAAGCGGUCCGAAAGGUGGCCUCUGAAUUCCGUAUUAAACGACGGGAUCCCAUGUUCGGGGAAAAGAUCUCGCUUAGGUGUGACACUAUGAAAGAAAAAAUAAAAGUGUUAGGGCUUCGUAUUCGGCGCUACAAUGAGAAGGUAAAGCGACAUAACAACAACAGACUUUUUUUCAAGAACCAAAAACAGUUCUUCCGGAACCUCGAACAGGAAAAAGAACAUGUGGAGGGCCAUCUCGACUCUGAAACCGCCCACCAGUAUUGGAGUAAGAUCUGGUCCGAAAACGUUACCUACGACGAUCAAGCGUACUGGAUAGAAGAGGCACAGGAGACAAUCCCACGAGCACAAAUGCAGGACCUAAGAAUUAAAGCGGCAGACAUAACUGAAGCCCUGAAAGGUCUGAACAACUGGGCAGCUCCUGGUGCGGACGGACUCCACAAUUACUGGUGGAAGCACCUCUCAAGUGUCCACGGACCAUUGGCGGAAAUCUUCCAGGCAGCACUCUCGGAUCCCUCUGGCAUACCUGACUUCUUUACGAAAGGGAUAACGCAUCUGAUAAAGAAAAAGGGAGACAGUAGCAACCCUGAAAAUUACAGGCCUAUCACAUGCUUACCCUCCGUAUAUAAAAUCUUUACAUCAAUUCUAGCUAAAUAUAUAGGCGACCACCUCAGGCAGAAUAACUUGAUGGCUGAGGAGCAAAGCGGAUGCCGAAUGAAGACAAAAGGAAGUAAGGAACUCUUAGUGGUCGAUUAUAUCCUGACCAAGCAGGCCCGCAAAAAGCUAAGAAAUAUAUCUGUGGCAUGGGUUGAUUAUAGGAAGGCAUUUGACUCCAUCCCACAUUCUUGGCUGCUGAGGGUGCUGAGGAUGCACGGAAUAGCAGAUAACAUCUCAUAA